AUGUUCCCGGUACGUUCAAGGGGAAGAGGGGAGGGAGUAAAGGAUUGGGAGAAGUGUAGAAAGCCGGGGUGCCGAGAAAUAGACGCCAAAACAUAUAUAUCAUCGGCCUCGUCCAGCUCUCGAGAAAACUUGGAAGAUCCUUUCUUUCUUCAGCAGCUUUCGCUCUUUACAGUCACUCUUUUUCACCAAACCAACUCUACAUUCAUUCUUUUUUUGUAUCUACACUUCUGUUCGUUCCGAAAGCUAUCAAACAUGCGUACUGCUAUCCUCUCUGCGGCACUGGCUGCCCUCCUCCCCCUCGCCUCGGCCGCCGAUGCCGUCAAGGGCGCCGCCGAAGGCUUCGCCAAGGGUGUCACUGGUGGUGGUAGCGCCAAGGCCGUCUACCCUUCCACCACUGCCGAGCUCACCAACUACCUCAAGGACAGCUCUGCCCGUGUCAUUGUCCUGACCAAGACCUUCGACUUCACUGGUACCGAGGGCGUUGCCUCCGAGACUGGCUGCGCUCCUUGGGGAACUGGCUCCAAGUGCCAGACCGCCAUCAACAAGAACAACUGGUGCACCAACUACCAGCCCAACGCCCCCAAGGUCAACGUCAAGUACGACAAGGCUGGCCUUAACCCUCUCAUUGUUGGCUCCAACAAGUCAAUCAUCGGCCGUGGUUCUGCAGGAAAAAUUGUUGGUAAGGGUCUCCGCAUUACUAACAAUGCGAAGAACAUCAUCAUUCAGAACAUCCACAUCACCAACCUUAACCCUCAAUACGUUUGGGGUGGUGAUGCUAUCACCCUUGACGGAUCCGACCUUGUCUGGAUUGACCACGUCAAGACUUCCCUCAUCGGUCGCCAGCACAUUGUUCUUGGCAACGGUGCUUCUAACCGCGUGACCAUCUCCAACAAUGAGAUCGACGGCUCCACCUCCUGGUCUGCCACUUGCGACAACCACCACUACUGGGGCCUGUACUUCACCGGCAGCAACGACAUGGUUACCUUCAAGGGCAACUACGUUCACCACACCAGCGGUCGUGCCCCUAAGAUCGGGGGCAACUCCUUGGUCCAUAUUGUUAACAACUACUGGUACGACAACACCGGCCACGCGAUGGAGGCUGACACCGGCGCCAAGGUCGUCCUCGAGGGCAACGUUUUCCAGAAUGUGAAGGCAAGCAUGCAGGCUGGCCUCGCCGGCAAGGUCUUCUCUAGCCCUGACGCCAACACCAACAAGGCUUGCUCUUCCGGCCUCGGCCACGCUUGCCAGCUUAACGCCUACGGCAGCUCCGGCUCCCUCACCGGCUCCGACAGCAGCAUCCUCUCCAGCUUCUCUGGCAAGAACAUUGCCUCUGCUGGCACUGCCAACGAUGCCAAGGCUGCUGCUACCAACGCCGGCUUCGGCAAGAUCUAA